AUGAACUUCGCUCCAUAUCAAGAUACUUCACCUGAGCUUGAGCGCGCCCUGUCGCCUCCACCUGCAAAUCACCGUGCGAUCCCAAACCUCCGCUCACCACGAGCCUCGGCCGAUCUCCCCUCUCCCAGUCACUUUACCGGAGGCGGACAUGGCAACACAGGAUUUGGACGCGAUGUUGAGGGCGGGCAUGUGAGCCUUGGUGCUUUCGAGACCAGUCUCCCGAUCAGCAUGAAUAUCGAGGCAGCGUUGGCAUACUUGCUUCUGCCUCCGGCGGGUGGUGUCUUCUUACUGCUAACUGAACAUAAGAGUGAUUACGUGCGAUUCCAUGCCUGGCAAUCGAGUAUGCUCUUUACUGCUUUGUUUCUUAUGCACCUGCUCCUAUGCUGGUCAAGCUUUCUUUCCUGGACGUUGUUCCUCGUUGAUCUUCUCCUGAUCGGCUUUCUCAGCAUGCAUGCCUAUCAAGACGGUGAGUCCGACAUCCUUGGCUUGCUGAGCAUGUUAUUUGACAUUGCUGUUGGGGCCUCCAUGCUGACCUGUGAAUCUCAGUCCACACCUUGGAUCAUUUCGAAGUUCCUUUCUUUGGUCGCCUUGCCAAUUCUUUCGUCGACGAUGAGUGAUUUUCAACGAAGCGGUCUUUUUUGCAUCCAGGGCAAUCACUUGCUGGAGUUUACUUCGAAUACGCAGUAG